AAAUGGAAGCUUUUCUGGCAACCCAUGCUGCCCAACUUGACGCAGUCAAGUUCCCUCAAGCUCUGAGAGCGAACCUUUAUGAGAAACUCACUAAGGAAAUUUAUGAUAUUGGCGAGAAAGUACAGAUCAUGAUUGAUAAACAGUCAGAGAAAAUGAUGGUCUCAGCCACUCAUGAUAUUGAACCUGAAGAGGAUGUGUGGCUCAUUGACCAUGCAUGGACUUUUAGGUAUCACGAAGCGUAUCAGUACUUGAAAGAAAAUGACAAGCUUAGGUACAGAAUGAAGAAUAUUAUGAGUUUUCCUGAUAAAAUCGACCUAGAUACUCCCUUCAACCAGUCAGAUAGUAAUCCAAUUCCUGAAGAAUACAAAGAGGAAAAACUUAAUUUGCUUGAAUAUCUUGAAAAGAUGCCUGAUGGUCCCACAAUCUAUAACCUCGAUGAGUAUGGAAUAGUCAGUUUAGAAAAUAUCCCAUUCAAGGAAGACGCAACUGAGAUUAGUCUCUUUGGAAACAGGAUUUCAGAUCCUCUGACAGUAACAGAAAAUCUUUUGAAAUUCCCCAAUCUUAAAGCUUUAUGGCUAAAUGAUAACCCUAUUGAAGAUCAUUGUCAUAACUUUGAUGAGAUUGGUGAGUUCCUUCCCAAUCUUGAGAUUAUCAACUCCAAAUUCACAUCUAGAGCUAAUGAAUGGGCUAUGAUGUUUUGCUGAAAAUAAUCAGGGUCCCAAGACUUUGGAAGAAAUUGAGCAUCUAGAUCUCUCCAGCAGAGAGUUUCUUAAAAUAAAAGAUAUCACUUUUCUAGAUAGACUCACAAAACUGCACACUCUUGAUAUUUCUGAUCAUUCUAACUUGCUUUCCUCAAUCCAAGAGGAAUCAAAAGGCACUGAGAAGAAGGAAUGAGAUGGGAAAGAGUUCGAAGUGACUGGAUACUCCCACAGCUUAACUGAAUUUCUGUCCAAACUUCCUCAACUAAAACACAUAAUCUGUGAUGAUGAUCUGGCUGCACACCUUAUUGUUCAGUACAACUCAGGAGAUCUAGCUGAAUAUCUCCCAAACCUGACCAAGAUUAACAAGGUCUUAGUCCCUGCCACUUUUGAAGAUUACAAGGUCGAAAUGGAAAUCCAGUACAUUCUUAAACACUUGUGGAAAUACGCUAAUUCAUACAGGCUGUCAACAGGGCCGAAUGCAGACCAAUCAGAGAGCUAUUGGUAUAUCCAGGAUGAGGUAGGUUCUCACCUCCAACACAGUGAUGACCCCAACUGUGAAGUUUACUCCUUCAUUUUCUGUAAAGAUCUCAUGGAUCUCCAGGAUCCUUCUAAAGGAGCUGUGCUUGAUCCCUCCAGUAGGAUCACCUAUUCCAUCAUGUGGCCUAAGAAGAAGGUAGAGAAGGAUGCAAUCCUCUCUAGAAACUUCUUGCCAAACAUCGAUGAGAAAAUGUACAGAUCUGCUAGACUCUGAGUAUGGUUUAACACUCCCAAGAAGUACUACCAAGAGGCUCUUAAACUUCACAAUGAAGAAGUAGAAUCAAUCAUAGCAAAAUCUGUAGAAUUUGAUCAAAAGUUCACUGAAAAUCAAGAAAAAGAUGGCUCUUUUCUGAACGAACUGAGAGAUCAAGGUUUUCCAGUCAAAAUAUAUACUGAUUUCCAUGACUCUGCAGCAGGAGUUGAUACUUAUAAAACUUAUCUUGGUUGGGAUGAAAAAUUUGAACUUGUACACUCUGUAGCUGAUGCACAAGUAGUUGUAAGCCCAAUCGACUUCAAAAAAAUAACUGAAGAGGUAAAACUAGAUCCUGAAACUCAAAUUUGCAACCAGUUCCCUUACGAAUCAGUACUAGUCAUAAAGAACUGCCUCAAUGACUGCUUGGAGAAAGUCUAUGGAAGAUGCCAGUAUUUCCAAGAGACUUAUUAUUCUUGGACUCAUCUCCCAGCCUUCAUUGGAAGGUUCAUGGAAAGGGACGAGAAAGAUCAAGAUAACACAUGGAUCUGUAAACCUCUGAAUAACGCGAGAAGUUCUGGUCACAUCAUUAGUAACAACCUUGACUGAAUCAUCAGACAUAUCGAGACUGAGCCAAGAAUCAUUCAGAAAUAUAUCACUGAUCCCUUCUUGAUCAAUGGCAAAAAGAUUGAUAUCAGAUUCUGGAUCGUAGUCAGGUCAUUCAGCCCUCUUGAAAUUUAUAUCCACGAUUAUACUUACGCUAGAAUAGCAACAAAUGACUAUGAUGAUUCUGAAAUCAGUCAUAUGGACUGGACAAAGCAAUUUGGCCUAUCUGAUAGGGAAGCAGGAGAAUACAAUGAAGGCCCUCGUAAAGAAGAAGUAGUUGAAUCCCUUAAUGCAUAUGAAGCAGAUGGCUACGAGAAAUUUAGGCUUAAGGUUCAUUCUCUUGUGAAAAAAGUAUUCAGGGCUGCUGUUCUUUACAAACCAGAAAUCCAUAAUCCUAACUGUCGUGCUCUUUAUGGUAUUGAUAUCCUCCCUACUUCAACACUGGAACCCUAUAUUUUAGAAGUAACCUUCAUGCCUGAGCUAACUCAUGUUUGCAAAGUGCAAGAAAAGUACCUAUCUCAGAUCAAUAGAUGUAUGUUCCUUGGAGAAAGUGAUGGAAUGACCAGGCUUUAUUAG